CUGAGUCAAACUCGUUCCGUUCCACUGAGCCAACUCGCGCGGAGGAUUAGAUUUUGAAAAAAUCGCUUCUUGAUUGAUCAUUUCCUCUACAUUUGACUAAAGGAGUGUUGUAAUGGCUGUUUCCCGGCGCAAUGAUGAGUGAGUAACUAACUCUGUUUCGCCGGCGAUCAAUACUCGGAGACGGAGAUGUUUAGAUCAGGUAGAUGGCGUAGCGAGAAGAACAGGAUCAAAGUCGUCUUCAGGUUGAAGUUUCAUGCGACUCAGGCUUCUGAGUUCAAUACAGAGGGAUUAACUCUGUCUCUUGUUCCCGGAGAUGUUGGGAAACCAACGGCGAGGUCAGAGAAAGCUGUGGUGAGCGACGGGCAAUGCCGGUGGGAAAUUCCGGUUUACGAGACUGUGAAAUUUCUUAAGGAUGCGAAAACCGACAAGGUUAAUCAGAGAAUUUAUCAUCUCAUUGUGUCAACGACGGGACCUACAAGAGCUGGUUUGGUUGGAGAAACUUCGAUUGAUUUUGCUGAUUAUGCUGAUGCAAUCAAAACGUGUAACGUCUGUCUUCCAUUACAGAACUCAAACUCAAAAGCAUUGUUGCAUGUAUCAAUACAAAGACAAUUAGAAUUUGAUGAUCCUCAAAGAGAGGUGGAUGAAUGCGAGAAUCUUGGGAAAUUGUCACAGGGUCAAGAUUUGAAGUCACAUUUGAGCCUACCUGAUGCAGAUGAAACUCAUAAAAGGGAUUCUCAUGAGGAAGGGCCCUUUGGUAAAGCUGCCCGGUUUGCAGAACUGAGACGAAGAGCAUCGAUUGAAUCUGACAGUACAAUGUCAAGCUCUGGAAGUGUCUGUGAGCCUAACACUCCUGAAGAAAUUGCCAAGUCUUUGACUCGUUUGAGACUCCCUCCUUAUAAGCAUCUUCCUUCAGCUAAAAACUUGUUUGAAGAGCCUCGUGUAUCAGAAUCCGAGUGGUCUGGAAGUUCUGAUGAUCAUGGAAUCAGCACUGAUGACUCGACCAAUGAUACAACCGCGAGGGACAUAAAGUCUUCGGAUGAGGAGGAGAUAGACAAGCUUAAAAACGAGCUUGCUGGUUUGACAAGGCAAGCAGAUCUUUCGGAGCUGGAGCUGCAAAGCUUGCGGAAGCAAAUCGUUAAAGAGACCAAAAGGAGUCAAGAUCUCCUUAAAGAAGUGAAUAGCUUGAAGCAGGAGAGAGAUUCGUUGAAGGAAGAUUCACAUAAAGUCUCUGAAAAGCAGAGAGGAGAGACUAAAAUGAGGAACAGGUUACAGUUUGAAGGAAGGGAUCCAUGGGUUCUUUUGGAGGAAACAAGAGAGGAACUUGAUUAUGAGAAGGAUCGGAAUUUCAAUCUCCGGUUACAGCUCCAGAAGACACAGGAAUCAAACUCAGAGCUGAUUCUUGCUGUUCAAGAUCUUGAAGCAAUGCUGGAGGAAAAGAGUAAAGAAGUAGCUGAUCUUUCUUCUAGACCAAGAACCUGUGAUGACAUUCAAGAAUCAAGAAAAGGGUCAUGUAGAAAUGAGAGAGAUGAAGAUGAGGAUCAAAAGGCACUUGAGGACCUCGUGAAGGGACACAAGGAUGCGAAAGAUACACACGUCUUGGAGCAGAAGAUCACAGAUCUCUGUAGUGAGAUUGAGAUUUAUAAACGUGAUAAAGAUGAGCUUGAGAUACAGAUGGAACAGAUUGCUCUGGAUUAUGAGAUACUAAAACAGGAAAAUCAUGAUAUCUCAUACAAGCUGGAGCAGAGCCAGCUGCAAGAACAGUUGAAGAUGCAAUACGAAUGUUCAUCUUCGCUUGUGAAUGUGACCGAGCUUGAAAACCAAGUGGAGAGCCUGGAAGCUGAGCUCAAGAAGCAAUCCGAAGAGUUUUCCGAGUCUUUGUCCCGGAUCAAAGAGCUUGAAACACAAAUGGAGAACUUGGAAGAAGAGAUGGAGAAACAGGCUCAGGUGUUUGAGGCAGAUAUUGAUGCUGUCACACGAGGUAAAGUGGAGCAAGAGCAAAGAGCUAUCCAAGCGGAAGAAGCCCUGAGGAAGACGAGGUGGAAAAAUGCUAGUGUAGCUGGAAAACUACAGGAUGAAUUCAAGAGACUCUCUGAGCAGAUGGAUUCAAUGUUUUCAUCAAAUGAGAAAAUGGCUUUGAAAGCAAUGACAGAAGCUAACGAGCUACGUAUGCAGAAACGUCAACUAGAAGAAAUGCUCAAGAACGCUAACGAUGAGCUCCGAGCAAACCAAGCCGAGUACGAGGCAAAGCUCCACGAGCUAUCUGAAAAGCUGAGUUUCAAAACAAGUCAGCUGGAGAAUCUCGAUGAGAAAUCCAUUGAUAUAGAGAAUCACAAGAGGCGUGAAGAAAACGUUACCGCAAAAUUAAAACAAGAGAUCAAAAUCCUGAAAGAUGAGAUUGAGAAGGUGAAAAAGGACAAAGACAACCUCAUUUUUCAGGCAGAGAAACUAAGAGUUGAGUUGGAAGAGACGAGAAAGUCAGCUAUGGAAGCUGAAGCUUCAUUACAGAGAGAGAACACGAAGAGAAACGAUUUAGAGAGCAAGAUGGCAUCGAUGAGGAAAGAAUCAGAGUCUCUGGCAGAGGAGUUGAAAGCAAUGAAGCUUCUCAAGGAUGAAAAAGAAGCAGAAGUUACAUACUUACAAUCAGAACUAGAAACUGUAAGAGCCAAAUAUGAUGAUCUAAAGCAUUCUUUAUCAGAGAAUGAUUUGGAGAUGGAGAAGAACAAGAAGCAAGUGGCACAAGUGAAAGGUGAGUUGAAGAAGAAAGAAGAAGCAAUGAGUAAUCUUGAGAAGAAGCUAAAGGAAAGCAGAACCACAAUUAACAACUUAACGAAAACCGGACAAAGAAACAACAACAAAGGAAGUCCAGUAGGAGCUCAUGCCGGAACUAAAGAAGUUGGUGUUAUGAAAGACAAAAUAAAACUUCUCGAGGGACAAAUCAAACUGAAGGAAACCGCUCUUGAAGCUUCAUCAAAUAUGUUCGUCGAAAAAGAAAGGAAUUUGAAGAACAGAAUCGAGGAACUGGAAACCAAACUCGACGGACUCAAUCAGGAUACCAAAGAGAUCAGUGACAAUGAGCCUCUAAAUGGGAAAGAAAACGAAGAAAUCCGAGUUCUAAUAGCGGAAGUAGCAUCUUUGAGAGAGUGUAAUGAAUCGAUGGAGAUGGAGCUGAAGGAUAUGCAAGAGAGAUACUCAGAGAUAAGUUUAAGAUUUGCAGAAGUCGAAGGGGAGAGACAACAGCUUGUUAUGACAAUACGUAAUCUUAAAAACGCCAAGAGGAGCUAAACCGGUGUAAUCAGAACCGGUUAUCAGAUAAAAAGAAGGAAGAUACGCCAAGAGACAACAACUUGUGCCCACAUAUCUUCUCUGUUUCGUAUGUAAAGUGUUUUUUUUUGAAUUUUACAUAUAUAAUUUCUAUUUGUUGUCUUCAAAAUUUUCUGAAAAAAAAAGGGAAAAGCGAGCUUAAAUUUGUUAUCGAUAA